AUGGGAUAUCCCUGCUCCGUCGCGGCUAAAUACCAAGGUAACCUUCACAGCUUCCUGCUCUGCGACAGAUGGCGCGUCGGUGGUCAUCCCGAGCUCUUUGUACCAGCGUCACUGUCAUUACUUGGAGCGUGGACGUGUUGGGUGGCAGCGACCCUUUGGCAUCACGCGUGCCCCUCGGCGGCCUUGGGUGCCCCUCUCCUAGGCCCUGACGUCAUGAGCUUCGACUCACUCCCGCCCCUGACGCUGUGGCACUCGCCGGUCCUGCCCGCGGUGCCCCUGCAAGCGGGCCUUCCCGCUCCCAAGGGCACCGUCUUCGACGGCCCGGACCCGGGGCUCAACGCGGCUAUUAUCACCGUCCCCACGGAAUCCUGCCCGAGUGGGUAUCGUCGAGACUUCAACGGAGUUUGUCGACUCAAGUUCGGGUACGGACCAAACCCGUUCUAUUCCUUCACUCCAGAGAACUUCAAGGGGGAUGUGCAGUUCUAUAUGGGUCUCCAGGUCGGUGGGCCGCAGCCGGGCAGGAGACGGGGUCGAGGGCGAGGGCGACCGCGUCCCGCCGCCAUCCCGCCGCCCAUCAUCGCCGUGGAUGACGACGACGACUAAAGGCGUCUGGAAUAGGGAGAUUUUUCCGUCUAUUUUUUUUCUUUUUUCUUUUUUUUCUUUUGAUAGAGAUGAAAUCGCGAACAUUUUAUUUUUAUUAUUUCGUAUUUCUUUUACGCUGGCUUGUAAGGAUGUUCCGGAGCUUAUGCUGGUUUUCCCACGGUGAAAGAAGGGGGCCUAGUGAAGAGGGAAGGAGAAUAAACAAGAAAGGAGCCGACAGAUGGCACUGAUAACACAAGUCACCAAUAGCAAUGACUAUGAGCGAAAUCGAUCAUAUUCAGAGACCCUUGUGAGACCUUCCCUCAUAUUCAGAGACCCUUGAGAGACCUUCCCUCAUAUUCAGAGACCCUUAUGAGACCUUCCCUCAUAUUCAGAGACCCUUGUGACAUCUUAAACGGUCUCAAAAAGGGUCUCUGACGAUGAGCGGUGUUAUCCACGCCAUCUGUGGGUGACUGACACAACUGGUUUUGAUAACACGAGGAUACCAGUGCAAAACGUUUACAUUUCUUACGCUACAUUUUCUGAAGUAGAUCUGCCCUAUUGCUUAUUUCAUUCAAUUUUCCCGUCGAACUUUUCCAUCCCUAAACACGUUCGCUUUUCAGUUUAAUUAUCCUCCUUGUGCACCAUUGUAUACUACUCUUGUGGUAUGAAAAUGGCAGUGCAGAGAAAAGUGAUGCAUUUAUACUAUAGCAUAAUUUAUUAAUCUGGCUACUGUUAGAUGUACCGGGGAAUUGUACAGUAGAUAAGUUUUCAUAAGAAUGAAAUACACGCAGAUGCAUUUUAGUAUUAGAACUGUGAUAUGGUAAAAGAAAACUGGGCAUUAUUUUUAAGCACAGUUGACAAUGAUGAACCCAAGUCCGCUGUUUAAAAAAAAAAAAAAAAAAAAAAAAAUCAGUAUUUUUGUCAUUUUUUUUGUGUGCCAAGUGUGAUGCAGCAAGAUCUGAAUCCCAACCAUAGAUUGCAACAUGGAAAUUCAUCUUACCCUGUAUAAAUCUUCACUUAUUUCCUCAUUCACAUUUCUCAUAGUGACUCGCUAGUAUGAAAUAGACGAAAGUGUAAUAAAAAUGCAUUAUAAUCAUAGUCAUUACAACAUGUUUGGAAAGAUAUUUUUAAAAAACCUGUCGCAGACCAUUCACGCAUUUGAUAGAUACGCAAAUUUAUGGUAAUGAUUACAAGUAGAUAUUUUUAGUUGUACAUAUAUUUAAAAAUAAAAACUCGAGAAAAAAAUAAUACCAGCAAUAAAUGUCCGCUUUUCCCUAUGUCUGGGGUUUUGUCUUGUACCGCGUUGGACGUGUCAUAAAAUAUAAGUAACCGCACUGACAGUCUUUAUUACAAUUUCAUUUUCUUGUCCUCAGGUUUUCGC